AUGAACAUCGCUGAAAGACGUCCAAUGACUCUAUCAAACAAGGACAACCACAUCUACAGUAGUGAGAUCAGUAGAGCCUUAUAUUUCUCUGGCCGAGCGCGCUCCUCCGCCCUAUCUCCUCGAGGGGGUGUGGUCAGAAUGCACUGGGGGGCGGUCCACUGUCAGGGGGAGGAGCCUGAUAUACUGCAGUGUCCCAGUGUUCCAUGGAACGGAGGGGAGUGUCCCCACUCUGCAGGGGUCAUCUGUACCCCAAUGGAAGUGGUAGGGUUGGUGCCAGUGAGGUUGGUGGGGGGGGUGUCAGCGUGGGAGGGGCGUGUUGAGGUGUUCCGGGGCGUGUGGGGUCUCGUCUGCGACGACCAAUGGGAUGAGAGCGACGUGGAGGUCGUCUGUCGACAGCUGGGCCUGGGGGGUGUAGCACGAGCGUGGGGUCAGGCGUAUUUUGGUGCGGGGUCAGGCAGGGUGUGGCUGGAUGAGGUGCGCUGCACGGGGAACGAGCUGACCCUGGAACAGUGUCCUAAAGCUGCCUGGGGAGAACACAACUGUCUCCACUCUGAAGACGCAGGCGUCUCUUGUACCCCUCUCACUGAUGGUUCAGUGCGGUUGUCUGGGGAUAGUGGGAGCAGUGAGGGCAGGCUGGAGGUGUUCUAUAGAGGUCAGUGGGGGACGGUGUGUGACGAUGGAUGGACUGACUCCAACACACAGGUGGUCUGUGGACAGCUGGGGUACAGAUCAGGGGAGUCUCUUCCUCCAGAGGGGUCAGAGGUCGGCCCAGGUGGGCAGUUUCCGGCGGGGUCAGGCCCCAUCCUAUUAGACGAUGUGAGCUGUACGGGGAAGGAGCCUAGCCUAUCACUGUGCAGCAGGAGGGAGUGGCUUAGACAUGACUGUUCCCACAAGGAAGAUGUCAACGUCCGCUGUAGGGACAAACUCACACACACCCUGCACAGUAUCCCGGUGAGGCUGGUAGGAGGGGAGAGCGUUAAUGAGGGGAGAGUAGAGGUGUACCUCCAGGGGACCUGGGGGACGGUGUGUGACGAUGGAUGGACAGACGUAAACGCGGAGGUGGUGUGUCGACAGCUGGGAUACAGUGGAGCGGCGAAGGCCCGUGUGAUGGCGUAUUUUGGCGAGGGGGAGGGGCCUAUCCAUGUGGACAACGUGAAGUGUUCCGGCGAAGAGCGUUCGUUGGUCGACUGCCUCAAGCAGCCAACCGGGGCGCAUAACUGUCGCCAUAGCGAAGACGCCGGGGUCAUCUGUGACUACGGCCAAUCACAGUUCAGCGACACAGAGGGCAAAG